GAGCUGAAUCCGGCCCCGAAGCUCAUAUGAGCCUACUUCAUUUUCAUCCUGUCGGUUGUAGGACCACCGUGACCGAAUCCAUCCUCCAACAAGGUCUUCAUCGCUCCACACCAAUCUGAUUAACAAACUUGGGGGCGCGCGUGUGUCUGUAUGUAUGUGUGUGUACUGCAGCCCAGCUUUCCACACUUUGAGAUCCCACUUCUCGAGGUUUCACCUCCUCAGGUCCGCUUUCCAAUUCGGUGAUGACGGACCGAAGACAGGCAUCUGCCGCCCGAGCGUUUGGUGUAUCCUGACCCCGUCCCGAGCUGUCAGGCCCCAGACCCCUGCAGUGCGACCGUCGUGGAAUGUAUCCGGCGGUGACCGGAGCGACGAAAGUCGGAGGUGGCAGACGAAGCAUCUGUGCAUUGGGGGUGGCUGGGACAAUGGGAGAUUUGAGGAAUAUGACCCUUCAGAUGCACCAGGGGUCACCGCAGUUGGAUCUCGAUCGCCCGGCGACUGGGACCAGGGGCAACUUCGGCAGCCACAAGGACAUCACGUCUGUGAAUAUUUCAACUGCCUCUUGUCAAAAGGACUCGCUCAUGAUGACCGCCGAAUAACUUCCGUUUGCCAUUGUCGCCCUUCAAGUAGAUGGAAUUUCGAGUUCCCUAUUUUGGGAAUACCUUAACAGAUAGCCGAGACAACUAAUAUGACACAAAAACACCGCCACUGGACGAGUGCUCGUCUGCCAGACGAGGGAAAAUAUCAGACAUGAGACAGGUUGGUCACUGUCACAACCAGCUCCACCUUAGCCGGGGCUGAGGUUAUCUGUAUUGGCGUCAAGUCUGGAGAAGGCGAGAACUAGACCAAGAAGAU